GCCGCACCUGGAGCGGGCGGGGGCGCGCAGAGCGGCAGCGGCCAUGGCGGGAGCGGCGCGGCGGGGACCCGGGGUCCGGCCCCGGCCGCUGCUGCUGCUGCUCGGGGCGGCGGCCGCGUCACUCGUGGGAGCCCAGGUCACCACGCAGACCAAGGAAGUGCCUGAGCACCAAUCUGUGGACAUCCCCUGCGCCGCCUUCCGCUCCAGCUGGGCCAACCCCCGCAUCGAGUGGAAGUUCCAGAAGGGCUCUUCCCUGCUGCUCUUCUACUAUGGCAAGGAGCUGACAGAGCCCUACCGCAGCAGGGUGCAGUUCUCCCCCACCAGCAUCCGGCUGAGCGCGGUCACCAGGGCGGACUCCGGGCGCUACAUCUGCGAGGUGGUUGGGGAGGGAAGCCAGAUCGCCAAGUCCGAGGUCACCCUCAUCGUCCAGGUGCCACCCUCCAAGCCCCUGGCCCACGUCCCCUCCUCGGCCACCAUCGGCAGCAGGACUGUGCUGCGCUGCACCGAGACCGAGGGCUCCCCACCCCCCACCUUCCGCUGGUACAAGGAUGGCAUCGUGAUGCCACCCAGCCCCGGGGGCAGCCCUGCCUUCCGCAACUCCUCCUACAGCCAGGACCCCGCCACGGGCGAGCUGGUCUUUGAGCCCCUGACUGCCUUCGACUCCGGGGAGUACUCCUGCGAGGCCAACAACAACGUGGGCGCCCCCCAGCGGUCCGACGGAGCCCGCCUGGAGGCCAGCGAGGUCAACGUGGGAGGCAUCGUGGCAGCCGUGGUGGUGCUGCUGAUGGUGCUGGCCCUGGUGGCCUUUGGCAUCUGGUUUGCCUACAGCCGAGGCUACUUCAGCAAGAGAAAGGACGGCAGCGGCAAGAAGGUGAUCUACAGCCAAGCCUCCCCCCGCAGCCAGAGUGAGUUCAAGCAGACUUCGUCGUUCCUGGUGUGA